AUGUCUGAACCACCUUUGCCUAGCGCACGUCGGCAACUUCUGUUAGCCAAAUAUGGUCCGGCACUAGUCACGCCAUUCUAUUUCGGAUUCGCGACACACGUACUUGCGCCAAACUCUUUUUCUAGAAUCCUUGGACCUCAAUUACACGUGCCAAUAGUCAACUCCUUGUGGAUCGGAUCUCACAUUGGUGUUGGCACUUAUCUAUGUAUUUCAAAACAUUUACGAAACGCAAAUGUUUUCGAUCGAUUAUUAUUUAGUCUUUAUGGGUCAGCUAUAUUUAAUCUUGGCACUGUAUUAGUAAUGUCGAUUGUUCGUUCAAUUUUUCCGGAUAAUAAUGCUCUUCGUCUUGGAGUUGGUCUGUCAUCAGCUACUGCUAUCCUACUCAUUGGUAGACGAUAUGUUCAAUAUAUUGAUCAGAUUUUCGAUGCUAUUCGAUUUCGCACGAUCACACGUUAA